CUCGCUUCAGCACGGUGUGACUUCGCGGAAAGGAACAUGACAUCUGCAGAAAUAUCAGGCGCGAUCUCGGUGAAAUUUUCGAGACAAUCGCGUUUCGCGAUGAUUAAUUUAAAAGCGAAAUCAGGCAUUACGAAUCCUUGGAGAUUAUUGGCGCGCAAUUACGAAAUACCAUCUCUGAUUCCGACAGCGUGAUGGGACACGUUACGUCGGAUCGUACGAUGCAACAGGAGUUAAUAUCAACAUGGAAUCCACUAGACGUAUUCCAGGAUGAUGCACAUUGUGAAUACGCGGUGAUCGUGCUGAAUCGUCCCAUACGCUGGCAGCACAACGUACUACUUCGAUUCUGGCAAAAAGCUCGAAUCACCAUCACUGUGGAUGGUGGAACACAGAGGUGGCUGAAGCAUCUGGAAGAACAGGGAAUAAACGCAUUGAACACUGAGCACAAGCAUUAUGCACCAGAUCUCAUCACAGGGGAUAUGGAUAGCUGUCCACCUUAUAUUGUUGAGAAGUUUGAAAGUAUAGGAUCCAUUGUCAUCAAGACUCCUGAUCAGGAUAACACAGAUUAUACCAAAGCUCUGCUGGAAGUCGCACACUAUGCUAAGAUGCAUAAUAUAAAUUUAGGUGAAAUAUACGUACUUGCAGAAACAUCAGGCAGAUUUGAUCAUAUCAUUGCCAAUGUCAAUACUCUAUACAAAAGUGAUAAGCUUGUGGGAAAUACACGGGUGAUACAACUUGCAAGCAAUUCUAUGACAUGGAUAUUAAAACCUGGUAUGCAUAGUAUACAUAUACCAGAAAUUUUGGUUCAACAAAAAUCUUGGUGUGGUUUACUACCAUUUGGUUGUACUGUCAAUUGUAUAUCAACGACUGGCUUGAAAUGGAAUUUAAAUAAAACAACUAUGCAAUUUGGAGGUUUGAUAAGUACUUCAAAUACUUAUGAAGAUUCCAAAGUGACUGUGGAUACAGAUACGCCGGUAACACAACAAAACUUGUUCAUUGCAAGUAUUUAUUUGGCACAGUGAGAGCGUCGAGUCGAAAUAGUAUCCCCCAGACAGUACCUGUCUAUAAUACUCGACGUAUGUAUUCGUAUAACAGCAGGUCGCUGCCGCCACUAUCGGGGCUAGAAUCGGAGCGUGUACUUCGACGAUCAGCUGUCGCGAUUGUU